GUUUUACUAUAGGACUACGUAUCAUAACAAAUGACGAGACGUGAUUUAGUUAAGCAUUUUUGUUUCUUGCAAAUUUUAGCUAGCUAACAUUAUUAGCUAGCUUGGUACGACACUAGGCUGUAGCCAAUUCUUAAGUGUCAACGUUAUCGACUGAAAAGCAGUGAUUUGCUUGCAAUCUAUUCAUUAUCAACUAACUGGCGUCCUAAUCUUUACCUGCAUUGUGAAUGGACAAUGCCUGCCCCUAAAAGACAACAGACUUCUCAGGAUCCUCAAACUAAGAGAAGAAAGUUGGAUCAGAAUGAAGUGGCCAUGCCAUCUAACAAAAUUACACCAGCUGCUGCAACAUCAAGCAAGCCCCAUAGAGAAGGACCUUCACAGAGAAGGAAUAAGAAAAAGUCCCCAGCACAACGAAAAGACAGAAAUAAACCAUCAAAGUCCGGCCGUCAUUCCUCCAAGACAAGAUCAGCCCAAAAGGCCACCACAAGGACCAAGUCCAAUCCCCCUGUCAAGAAUGCUAAGCUGCCGAAAGCCACAAGUACCUCAUCAAAUAAUCCCAACUCUAAAGGAACCCUAAAAAGACCAGCCAAGAUCUCAAAAACAGCUUCCACAGAGUCAGACGAGGAGCUUAUCAGAACUCGCAAACCCGAUUGCAUCAGAAAAUACUCUAAUGGGGAUAGAGGUAAGCGUAAAGGGGCACAGACUAACCCAAAUGAAGCAGCCUUACCCUCAGACCCUGUGCAAAUGGAUCACAAUUAUGGUAUACCACCUGCCUCUCGUCGUAGUCACUCUGAAUGUGAUCAAAGUCAAACGAAGGGAGUCGCAGAGUCCACCAGAAGCCCAGAGAGCCAGAUAGAUGUAAAGAUGGGAACUCAAGCAUCUUCAGUGAAGGCUUCAGAUCCAGUACCUAAACAACCUGAGCAGGUGAACCAGAGCAGUGAGACACAGGAGAUGCAGGGAAAUUCUGUGACUACUCCUACAGAUGAAGUUAAUGAGAGUGUAGAGACCAAGCCUGACACACAAAUAAUGUCUCCCGCUAUGUUAGCAUCCUCUGAGAAAGAUUCAGACCCCAUCCUUGAGCAGUUGAACCAGAGCAGUGAGAUGCAGGGAGAUUCUGUGACUACUCCUACGAAUGAAGUUAAUGAGAGUGUGGAGACCAAGCCUGACACACAAAUAAUGUUUCCUCCUGCUAUAUUAGCAUCCUCUGAGAAAGCUUCAGACCCCAUCCCUGAGCAGUUGAACCAGAUCAGUGAGACACAGGAGAUGCAGGGAGAUUAUGUGACUAUUCCUACAGAUGAAGUUAAUGAGAGUGUAGAGACCAAGCCUGACACACAAAUAAUGUCUCCUCCCGCUAUAUUAGCAUCCUCUGAGAAAGCUUCAGACCCCAUCCAUGAGCAGUUGAACCAGAGCAGUGAGACACAGGAGAUGCAGGGAGAUUAUGUGACUACUCCUACAGAUGAAGUUACUGAGAGUGUAGAGACCAAGCCUGACACGCAAAUAAUGUCUCCUCCCGCUAUAUUAGCAUCCUCUGAGAAAGCUUCAGGCCCCAUCCAUGAGCAGUUGAACCACAGCAGGAAGAUGCAGGGAGAUUCUGUGACUACUCCUACAGAGGAAGUUAAUGAGAGUGUAGAGACCAAGCCUGACACACAAAUAAUGUCUCCUCUCGCUAUAUUAGCAUCUUCUGAGAAAGCUUCAGACCCCAUCCCUGAGCAGUUGAACCAGAGCAGGAAGAUGCAGGGAGAUUAUGUGACUACUCCUACAGAUGAAGUUAAUGAGAGUGUGGAGACCAAGCCUGACACACAAAUAAUGUCUCCUCCCGCUAUAUUAGCAUCCUCUGAGAAAGUUUCAGACCAGAUCCAUGAGCAGUUGAACCAGAGCAGUGAGACACAGGAGAUGCAGGGAGAUUAUGUGACUACUCCUACAGAUGAAGUUACUGAGAGUGUAGAGAAUAAGCCUGACACACAAAUAAUGUCUCCUCCCGCUAUAUUAGCAUCCUCUGAGAAAGCUUCCGACCCCAUCCAUGAGCAGUUGAACAAGAGCAGUGAGAUGCAGGGUGUUCAGGAAGGUUCUGUGAUCACCCCUACAGUUCAAGUUAAUGAGAGUGUAGAGAGCAAGCUUGAUGCAUGUAUCAAGUGUGCAGACCCUGUAUCUGAACAGAGCACCAAGAUGCAGGAAAAUGCGACGACCACCCCUGCAGGUCUUGUUGAGGAACGUCUAGAGACUAAGGUCAAUGCGGAAAUAUUAUCUCCUCCAGCUAAAGGCCUGGUAGCAUAUAGCAGCAGUAGUGAUUCCGAAAGUGAAAGUGAGGAAAAUGAAAGGAAGGCAGUCGAAGAGUCAAGAGAUGUGACAAUGGAAACUCAAGUAUCUUCAGAGAAGGUUACAGACCCUGUACAUGAACAGGUGAAGCAGAGCAGUACGAGCCAGCAGAUACAGGAAGAUUCCAUGACCACCUCUACAUAUGAAGUUUGUGAAGGUCCCAUGACCACCCCUAGUGAGAGUGUAGACACCAAGCUUGAUACAAAUAUAAAGUCUCCAUCUAUAGAAGCGUUUUCAGAGGACGCUUCAGACCCUGUCCCUGAACAGGUUAAUCAGAUAUGCAUCGAAAUAGAGGAUAUGCAGAAGAAUUCCAUGACCACCUCUCCAGAUGAAGUAGUUGAACAUUUAGAUACCAAGCUUGAUGCAAAAAUAGAUAUCCCUCCACCUCUAGAAGUGUCCGUUGAGGAGACCCAUACAGUUGAAGUCAGUGAGAGUGCAGGGACCACGCUUGAUGCACAUAUAAAGGGUCCACACCCUGCAACUGUACAUGUGAUGCAGAGCACUGAGAUGCGGGAAGAUUCUGCGCCCACCCCUGCAGAUCAAGUUAGUGAGAGUUUAGACACCAAGCUUGAUAUCGAAGUAAAAUCUCCUCCGCCGGUGGAAGUAGCCUCAGAAGAGACUUCGGACAAUGUCUCAGAACAGGUGAAGCAGAGUGCUGAGAGACAGGAGGUCCAGGAAGAUACCAUGACCAUCCCUACAGAUAAACCUCGGGAAAGUUUAGAGACAAUGUCGGGUGCUAAGAUAAAGUCUCCACCCCUAGAAGCACUUUUCAGUGCUCUGAAAGAGUCCAGUCUUUGCAAACACCCCCUGUCUGACACAAUGCGCUCAAAUGUCAAAGAGUUUCUGGAAGUAGAGGAUUCCUUAGAAAUCAUGAAUAAAGACUGUGACUUUGGUGUGACGGAGAGCAUUGAGUGUACCUUAGACCUGGAGACCCCGAUUAUUGUUGAGGAUAUGGAGAUCGGUCACUGUGUUGUGGAGGUGGUGGGAGAGAAUGGGGAAGAUGUGGAUAUGGAUAGUGAUCUGGAAAUCAUAGACAACUCUAAGGAGGUGCCAGAGAAGACAGUCCAGCUAACCAAAGGGUCUGAAGAGGAGUGCCGUCUAGAUAACAGUGAAGCUGGUACUGAAAAGAAAGGCACACGUUCCUCUAACCAAGACAGCACAAAUAGUGGCAAGAAGGAAGUUGCCAAAAAGACACAGUGUAGCCCGGAAAAACCUAAGAAACAGCAGAUGAACCCUCAGGCCCGGACUAAAGCCCGACUAGCGGCGCUAGCUGAGCAAAAGGCCGCCGCCUCCAAAAAAGCGAGCAGGCAGCUCAACCUCCUUGCCUUAUGUGAGGAAAUAGCGGACGAUAUCGCCACGGACACCAUGCUAUUAAAGACGGAGGAAGAGGAUGAGCAGGUUGUAACGGUUGAGGCUGAACCCAGCAAGGAGCCAGAAUGCCCACAGCCUUUCACACAGACUGAGACUGUCCCUAUCCCUCCAACUCCUGCCGGGCCCAAGGAGCCCUCUACCCCAGUAGCACCCGUUUCUGCAGUUUCUGCUCCAGCCAAGCCCCCAGCUCCAGAGACACCACAGAGGCGCUUCUUCAUCAGUCAAGUGACGGUGCCCCUCAAAAUCCACGAGAAGAAGAAGCUUACCAGGUUCCAGAGGCUGCGGCAGGUGGAGCUGCAGCGGGAGAAGAAUAUGUCCUGGACCAUGGUGAAGAAGCUCAAGUCCGAUCAGGCCAAUCAGAAGAUGUUUCCGGAGACAGAGGCUAAACCUGCCCCCCCAUUACUGUCCACUCCAGCAGUAGCAGCACCCAUCCCAGUGACCACAACACCCUCACCCCCCUCAGCCAGUCCAGCAGCACCCACAGUAACUGCACCCUGUCCUACCCCAGCCGCAGCCAGCCCAGCAGUAACCCCUAAGCUUGAGCCCCCCAAAGUUGAGCCCCCCAAAGUGACCCCAAGUAAGGGACCCACCCUUAGAAAGAGGACACUUCCAGCAGUACCCCCGCCGAUGCCCAACGGGCUGAAAGCUCAGAAGGCCAAGCCUGUGGCGGAGUAUAAGCCUUACAAAGCCAGGCCCAAGUACUCUUUUGAUGACUUUCAACUGGAUGACGAGCCGAAACCCACAGUGCAGAAGGCAGUAUUACCGACCGUGCAGCGGACAGCAUUGAGACCUACAUCUACCACCAUUCCGAGGGCAGCAGUGACACUUACGACAGCGGCCAAACAUGAGGACUCAAAACCUACCGGCCAGAAGACAGCAGUGCCUACCAUGCAGAAGCCAGGGGUACCUACCGUCCAGAAGACGGCAGUACCUACCAUGCAGAAGCCAGGAGUACCUACCGGCCAGAAGACGGCGGUACCUACCGGCCAGAAGACUGCGGUACCUACCGGCCAGAAGACGGCGGUACCUACCGGCCAGAAGACGGCGGUACCUACCGGCCAGAAGACGGCGGUACCUACCGGCCAGAAGACGGCGGUACCUACCGGCCAGAAGACGGCGGUACCUACCGGCCAGAAGACGGCGGUACCUACCGGCCAGAAGACGGCGGUACCUACCGGCCAGAAGACGGCGGUACCUACCGGCCAGAAGACGGCGGUACCCACCAGCCAGAAGACGGCGGUACCCACCAGCCAGAAGACGGCGGUACCCACCAGCCAGAAGACGGCGGUACCCACCAGCCAGAAGACGGCGGUACCCACCAGCCAGAAGACGGCGGUACCCACCAGCCAGAAGACGGCGGUACCCACCGUGCAGAAACCGGCAGUACCCACCGCGCAAAAAAUAGUUGUGCCUACCACUCAGAAGACCGCACCAACUGUGCAGAAGGCAGUUGUGACAAAUCCAACAGUGCAGAAGGCAGUAGAGACACCGACCCCUAUGCCCGGAAAUGGCAAACAUGAGGACUCCAAACUCACUGUACAGAAGGCAGAAGUGCUUAAUCCCACUGUACAAAAGGAAACCUUGGUACCUACACUUACCCCUCAAACUGAGCAGAAAGCGGAAGCAUCACCUACGCCAAAAACUGCCAAAGAUAAGGAUUCCAUAGCACCAGUGUCUUCCCCUCCCUUUGAAGAGACCCCACGAGAUUCUGUUGACAAGGAUCAGUGUGAAGAAAAGCCUGCUGUUGCUGAGAUUAAACCGGCAUCCCCAGAGGUCAAGACAGCGGGCACGACAACAACAGAGUCCUCUGACUCUGUGGUCGUGCAAUCAGCAGAUAAUAGCAGUCCCCUCUCUGACGCAUGUCUGCAGAAAGAGAUAAAAAAACUAAAGGAGGCCGACAAAGAUGACAAUCAAACCACCACUGAUGCAGGGCAGAAGCACUUUGGAGCGGUGACCUGCGGUGUGUGUGGGAUGCUGUAUUCCGCUGCCAACCCGGAGGAUGAGUCCCAGCACCUGCACUUCCACAACCAGUUCAUCAGUGCUGUCAGAUAUGUGGGGUGGAAGAAGGAGAGGAUUCUGGGAGAGUACCCCGAUGGCAAGAUCAUCCUUGUCCUUCCAGAUGACCCCAAAUAUGCACUGAAGAAGGUUGAGGAGAUCAGAGAGAUGGUGGACAAUGACCUGGGCUUCCAGCAGGUGGAGACCAAGUGUCCCUCCCAGACCAAAACCUUCCUGUUCAUCUCCAAUGACAAGAAGGUGGCUGGGUGCCUGAUCGCUGAGCACAUUCAAGAGGGCUACAGGGUGAUCGAGGAGGCGGUACCCGAGGGCUCGGAGGGAGAGAAGGUGAUGUUUGAGCGUCAGAGAGCCUGGUGUUGUUCCACUGACCCAGAGCCAGCCCUCUGUGGCAUCAGCCGCAUCUGGGUCUUCAGCAUGAUGAGACGGACGGGCAUCGCCUCGCGCAUGAUCGAGUGUCUCAGGAACAACUUCAUUUACGGCUCCUACCUGAGCAAGGAGGAGAUUGCCUUCUCCGACCCAACGCCCGACGGGAAGCUUUUCGCUACACACUACUGCGGCACCUCGCAGUUCCUGGUUUAUAACUUUGUCAGUGGGACUCGGUCAGACCAACCGAGUCUUAGCGUGGUGUAAGUAAUCGCAUCAAGGUGGAUUUAUUGCUGAGGCCCAGUAAGACUUGCCCUCACCAACUAACCAACCAAUCUCUGGAUCUUGUCGUGGGGACAGCCUGUCACAAGCACAUUGUGGUUCUUUUAGACUGAAGAGUUAAGACUCAGACUGACUCUUCUGAGGGGGACAUCUUGGUUUUUAAUCUCAGGUUGACAACAACAACUUGUUGUUUAAAAAAUAUUUAAAUUCUCCCUUUAAUCCCUGCAUAGUAUUUUGAGACAAAUAAUAUUUUUCUUUAUGUUUUUUAAAUAAGAAACAAGCGUUUUAUUGGAAGUAUUAAAGCGUUUACAUGCAUGAAACUUGACAGCAAUAGAAUACAAAGAGCAUUUCACAAUUCAUAAUUUCCAAAAAUCGGAGAGAUGCACUACAUUUAACUCAAACGGUUCUAAAACAAUGCUGUGGUCCUGUUCUAAUAAUGCAUUGAAUUAAUUUUAGCCUCUUAAAUCAGGUUAAAAGUUGCUGUACUAAGGUCAAGACUUAUUCCUCUUGUGUAGGGGAUGUUCUUGCACACAUCAUGUUCAUCAUCUCUUGACAUUUCAUGGAGUGAUAUUAUGACCACAGAGGUUCCAUUAUGUGAUGGGGUACAUUGCUAAACUCAGCAAGAAAAGAAACGUCUUCUCACUGUCAACUGUGUUUAUUUUCAGCAAACUUAACAUAUGUAAAUGUCUGUAUGAACAUAACAAGAUUUAACAACUGAGACAUAAACUGAACAAGUUUCAUAGACAUGUGACUAACAGAAAUGGAAUAAUGUUUCCCUGAACAAAAGGGGGUGGGGGGGUGUCAACAUCAGAAGUAACAGUAUCUGGUGUGGCCACCAGCUGCAUUAAGUACUGCAGUGCAUCUCCUCAUGGACUGCACCAGAUUUGCCAGUUCUUGCUGUGAGAUGUUACCCCACUCUUCCACCAAGGCACCUGCAAGUUCCUGGACAUUUCUGGGGGGAAUGGCCCUAGCCCUCACCUUAUGAUCCAACAGGUCCCAGACAUGCUCAAUGGGAUUGAGAUCCGGGCUCUUCGCUGGCCAUGGCAGAACACUGACAUUCCUGUCUCGCAGGAAAUCACGCACAGGACGAGCAGUAUGGCUGGUGGCAUUGUCAUGCUGGAGGGUCAUGUCAGGAUGAGCCUUCAGGAAGGGUACCACAUGAGGGAGGAGGAUGUCUUCCCUGUAACGCACAGCGUUGAGAUUGCCUGCAAUGACAACAAGCUCAGUCCGAUGAUGCUGUGACACACCGCCCCAGACCAUAACGGACCCUCCACCUCCAAAUCGAUCCCACUCCAGAGUACAGGCCUCGGUGUAACGCUCAUUCCUUCAACGAUAAACGCGAAUCCGACCAUCACCCCUGGUGAGACAAAACCGCGACUCGUCAGUGAAGAGCACGUUUUGCCAGUCCUGUCUGGUCCAGCGACGGUGGGUUUGUGCCCAUAGGCGACGUUGUUGCCUGUGAUGUCUGGUGAGGACCUGCCUUACAACAGGCCUUCAAGCCAUCAGUCUAGCCUCUUGUCAGCCUAUUGUGGACAGUCUGAGCACUGAUGGAGGGAUUGUGUGUUCCUGGUGUGUUCGUGGUGUAACUCGUGCAGUUGUUGCCAUCCUGUACCUGUCCCGCAGGUGUGAUGUUCGGAUGUACCGAUCCUGUGCAGGUGUUGUUACACGUGGUUUGCCGCUGCAAGGACGAUCAGCUGUCUGUCCUGUCUCUCUGUUGCGCUGUCUUAAGCGUCUCACAGUACGGACAUUGCAAAGUAUUGCCCUGGUCACAUCUGCAGUCCUCAUGUCUCCUUGCAGCACGCCUAAGGCACGUUCAUGCAGAUGACCAGGGACCCUGGGCAUCUUUCUUUUGGUGUUUUUCAGAGUCAGUAGAAAGAACACUAAAGAGGCCUAAGUUUUCAUAACUGUGACCUUAAUUGCCUACCGUCUGUAAGUUGUUAGUGUCCCGUUCCACAGGUGCAUGUUCAUUAAUUGUUUAUGGUUCAUUGAACAAGCAUGGGCAAACAGUGUUUAAACCCUUUACAAUGAAUAUCUGUGAAGAUAUUUUGAUUUUUACGAAUGAUCUUUGAAAGACAAGGUCCUGAAAAAGGGCCGUUUCUUUUUUUGCUGAGUUUACAAGAGUUCGCUCUCACACAAUUUCUCAUAAUGUGUUUGUUUGAUUCUGGGGAGUUCUUACUCACUAUUUUCUUCACAUGAAAUUGUCGUUCUCACUCUUGCUGCCAUGUGUCCUAAAAGGGAGAUUCCUUUUUUUGGAUAGUUAUCCCUCGGCGGUAGCAUGGACGGACUAGCAGGCAGGGAAACAGAGCUAAUAACGUUGGUUGGAUUUCUAGAUGGGGCAUUUUGCUGUAGUGUUCCUAUUCAAGGCUCUUUACCCAAGUUGCCUCAAAUAUAUCUAACUGUACAAAUGUUAAAUUUGAGCCAUGAUAUAAGUGAAUUGGCAAGGCAGUGAGCAGUUGCUUUGUGUCCUCCGCUGUGUAUGAUUGUGCCUGACAGGAUAGACCGACUUGUGAUACUGUAGACUUCCUCAAACGUUCUCGUUUAAGCUGCCGUCAACGGAGCAUCCCCCCGAAUUCACAUUUUGUACGAUAUAUUAUUUCUUCUAUCGGGAGAAAGUUUUAUCAAUGAGGUCAUGCAUUGUCCUAAAUGCGAAUAAUAACUAAGAAUUCAAAGUAAACCAUGUGGCAUGAAUUAUAUCAGCAAUGCCAUUGAAAGGGUUUAAAAGCUUUGUUAUUUGGUUUUUGAGGGAGUUGAAAACAUCCAUGUCAAAUAUGAUUAUUAUCUUUUUUACUACAGGAAUCCAAGGAACUGUUGCUCAGCCAUCACAAAGGCUUGUGAUUUAUACAUGUUCAUGUAUCAAUGUGAUGCAUUUAAUCAUCACAUUGCCCUUCAUGUUAAAACGUUUUCUUUUUGAAAAAUUGUCACAUGUAUGAAAACUAAAUGGAUUUAUACAGAGCUGUCAAUGUAAAUAGUUAUUUAAAAAUAAAACAUUUGAAAAACUA